AAACCCAUUCAAACUCAUUACAAUUAAUAGUGAUUGUAAUGGUAGUCUUACACAAAAAAUGGGGCAUUUUUAUUCUAUCUUUUGUACUUAUUUUUUUGGCCUUUUGUCCUUUCUAUCUGACAUAGGAUAGUGAUCAUGUCUUUGCCAUUGUUUAUAAACUAUGUGCAAUGAUGACACCCACAUCUAGUCACGUUGUACAAUAACAUUGUGAUAGUUACUCUUUGCCACAGCAGCAGCUGCAGGACAUUUUUUCCAGGCUGUGCUUUGUCAGGACCAACCGACCAGUCAGUGCACUGGAAGGAAAAAAGUAGAAGUACUCUGGUGCUUUUAGGAGCAGCAUCCGAUCCUCCAGCACUGCUGUUGCUAACACUUGCCUGUGCGUGUGUUUGUGUGUGACAGUAGAAAUGUCAGACUCCACAGAGGAACUCACCAACAAGCCCUUUGCAACCCAGUUGUCCAAUGUUUACCUCAGCAUCUUGGCUCUCUUCUGCUUUAAGCUCUUUGUGAAGAUUUCUCUCAACCUGCUGACGUACUUCUACAUUGUCCGUGGGAACCGUAAAGAGGCUGCAAGAAUAUCAGCGGAGUUCUAUGACUAUGGCCAAAACCACAGUGAGUACUCUCAGGAGACAACUAUGCAGCUCGCACCCUUUUACACCGACCAAAACAAAACCAGCUCAACACACUCACUGAGGACACAUAGGUUUCUGAAGACGGAUUCUGGUCAGGGUCGCCUGCUGGCACUGAGGUCCCUCAUUUUACAGGGUCACAAUGUGAACGUUCUGACCAUAGACCAUGUGACGCCUCUUCACGAGGCCUGCCUUGGAGACCACGUCGCUUGUGCCAGAGCUCUCAUCGAUGCAGGAGCGAAUGUCAAUGCUUCUACAAUUGAUGGAGUCACCCCGCUGUUCAACGCCUGUACAGUGGGCAGCAUGGCAUGUACAGAAAUUCUUUUGGAAAAUGGAGCAAAGCCCCAGAGCCUGGUGUACCAGCCCUCACCCAUCCAUGAAGCCACCAGCAAAGGUCAUUACGGCUGUGUGGAGGCUCUGGUGACUUGGGGGGCAGAUGUGGACAUGGAAAUUCCUCACCUGGGCACGGCGCUCUAUACGGCCUGUGUCUGCCAGAAGCUGGAGUGUGCCAGGAAACUCCUGAGGGAAGGUGCAAAUGUGCAGAAAGGCAAAUCCCUGGAUUCACCUUUACAUGUUGCUGCAGAGAAAGACUGCACAGCAGUAGUUACGCUGCUGCUGGACUUUGGUGCAGACAUUAAUGCCAGGAACACAGAGUUUUUAAGGCCAGUUGAUGUGGCUCCUCCCAGCAGUAUAACAGAAGGCUUUUUACUUCUCUAUGAAGCUACGCCUCGACUUUUAAGCCAAGUCUGUCGCCAGUGCAUCAGAAACUGUGUUGGCCGAGAUCGACUGCACCUUCUUUCUCACCUGCCUCUGCCCAACAGGCUCAGGAGCUACCUGCAGUACCAAUGAUGUCUAAGGACUCUACUAACCCAUAGGUGUUUUUCAAUGCUCGUAUGAACUAUUAAUGUAAAUGUAGUUCAAGAAAAGAGUAGUGGCCGGAGACAAGCUGUGUUAAGACUGCUUAUCAUGUGUGGACCAUGAUGAAUGUGAAGUAAGACGUUGAUUAGAACCUUCUUUUAGGUUGCUGUUUUAUUUAAUAUUCAGAUUUGCUGUGUUUAGACGAUGCCUUGAUAGAUACAAGAGAUAUGUCACUGUGAUGCAC